AUGUCAAUUCCCGACGAGGAACAGCCUUUGCUGAGGCAAAUCACCGAAGACGAUACCAAGCAUGAUGAAGUCAUUCUGGACUUUGAGCCUAUGGACCCAGAGGACCCGAGGAACUGGAGUCCCGCAUUCAAAUGGUGCAUCGUGCUGUUGCUUGCUAGCAUGGCAUUUACAGUAACUUUCACAUGCAUCGGCGUCGUACCAAUUGCGAACCGAAUCGUCGAGGAUCUUGACGGCCAUUCUUCUUCCUCGUCGACAUCAGCACUACUGGUGACGAUCUGGGAGUUGGGCGAAGCCGCUGGACCUCUUCUGAACGCCCCAUUGUCUGAAGUCGUCGGUCGUGCUCCCGUCAUGCAUGGAUGCAACGUUUUUUUCAUUCUAUUUACUCUCAUCGCUGCCACUUCGCAGUCUUCCAAAAUCUUCAUUGCAGCACGUAUGCUGACGGGUAUUGCUGUUGCCGCCAACGUACUCAAUCCGGCGAUCAUCGGCGACAUGUUCGAGAGCGAGAAGAGAGGGAGCGCGAUGAGUCUAAUCAUGCUUGCACCACUCAUUGGAGGCGCUAUUGCCCCGGCAAUCAGUGGUGCAAUUGCGCAGACUCUCGGGUGGAGACAGGUGAUGUACAUGGCGGCCGGCUUGGCUAUUCUGUGCGAGGUCUUGUUCCUCACUUGCUUUCAAGAGACGUACAAGAUGGCCAUUCUGCGACGUAGGGUCAGGAAGAUACAGCAAGAAAGUGGCGAAUUUGAUGUUGUCAAGGUCACGAGCAAGCGGGAAAGUGCGUUGAAGAUCUGGCACUCCGCCACCCGCCCGUUCUCAGUGCUCUUCGGAUCAAGCGUCUUGAUGCUGUUGUCGCUCUUUGCAUCUAUCGCAUUCAGCUACUUUUAUGUCAUGUGUAUCUCUUUACCCCAAGUCCUGGAGGAGGAGUAUAAUUUUACACCCGCACAGGUUGGAUCUGCCUUCCUGUCGAUGAGUUUCGGCUCUUUUCUGGCUGUCAUCUGCUGCAACUUCGGCCUCGACAGGAUCUACGUUAAGCUUCGUGGGUCUGACGAUGCGAAGGGUAAGCCUGAGUAUCGACUUCCUCUGGCUAUACUCGGUGGCUUCGCGCUUCCCCUGACUAUCACUGCGUAUGGAUGGAUAGCUCAACUCCGACUCCCAGUACCGCUGCUACUUGUUGCGGCGGGUCUAUUGGACCUCUCAAUCCUUCUUACGAUUGUUCCGCUUCAGGCAUACAUCGUGGACGCAUGUGGUCUUUUCUCGGCGUCUGCGAUGACAGGCGUUAUUGUCACGAGAUGUCUAGCGGGUACUUUCCUACCACUCACGACGGCCCCAUUGGCCGAGCUUCUUGGAUACGGGUGGGGUUUUACUUGCCUCGGUGCACUGAGCUUGGUUCUUGCGAUCAUCCCUGUACUGAUUCUACGUUACGGCGAGAAAUGGCGACAGCAAUCCGCGUUCACGAAGGACGAAUGA